GUGUAGAGAGAAUAUCGUAUCUAUUCUAUCUUUACGCGACAAUAAAAUAGUUAGUGACGUGGUGUAACGGAAUUGUAGUGAAUUUGCAAACAAAAUCUUUCUUUCUAUAUGAUUUAAGGACAAGAACGAGUUGCUAAAAAGUCGUGAUUUGAUAGGUAAUUAACCUUCACCUACCUCUUUACCGAUUGGCUAAAUGCUUGGCAACAACAGAUCGGCCUUUACUCAUAAAGGAAUUGAAAUGAAGAUUUUGAAAGUCUCAGAAAGCCGUUCGUCGUGCGGCGGAGGCGGUGGGUCGGAGGGCUCUGAGGGUCGCGCGUCGUGGCGUGUGACGCUGGACCACGACCUAGUAGAGACUUUAAGUGCAAUAUAUCCCGAGUGGUUCAAGCAGCCCCGACGCGCCCCCGAACGUAGUCGUGCGGCUUCGCCCUCCCACUCUCCUGCCUCGCCGCGAACCCCCUCAACGCCCCCUGAAGACGACACCUUCAGUUCGGGUGCGGAGGAGAUGGCCGGUCGUCAAGCGAGUUGUAGCGGCACGAGCGAGCCGCCGAGCUCGCCGCCGCGAGUCUCACCCCCGAAGGUCGUCGUGGACGACAGCCCGCUGCAGCCGGCCAUGGGCAAGCAUAAGGAAUCGUUAAAAGUGAAGUUGAUGAUGCGGCGUCCGAUCAACCAGUUGGUGGCUCAAGGAAUUAUGCCGCCGUUAAAAACGCCACCAGCGUAUUUUAAACAAAGAAUGCAAUUGGAAAGAGCAAAAACGGGAGAUUUGCUUAAAGCUAAGAUUCAGAGCCGACCUGAUCGUCAAGAACUGGAAAGAAGACAUAUACUGGAACAGGAAAGCCAUGUGGAUCCAAGUUUGGCGGAGAAGCAAAGAAUGCUUAAAAAGGCACGUUUGGCAGACCAAUUGAAUGAUCAAUUGUCGCAUCGACCCGGGCCACUUGAACUCAUAAAAAAAAAUAUACUCCAUACAGAAGAAAACAUUGAAACUGCUGUAAAAAGCGGCAUUUUAGCUUUUAAAGCCACAAGCGAAGGCUCCUCCGGUCGGCCACAGCAUCCAUCGUCGUAUUGCGGUCCUUCAGAGGAGGUAUCGCCUUCGCCGUCGCCACCCUCUACACUUUCGCCGGUCAGCAGUACAUCGUCUUCUCAGCAUCCCGCACCCGGCAAAGAUCCGACGAAACGUAAGAAAACAAAACAGAGUAAGCAGUUAAAGUCUCGUUUUAAGUUUCACGAGUACAAAGGUCCACCGAACGCCCAGAAGGCGUCGUCGCCUCCGGGAUCAGUGGAGACGCCGUACAAGCUGCUCCUGCAACAGCAGCAGCUGCUACUGCAGCUCACGCUGCCCGCGUCGCCGGCGCCGUCCCCGGCCGCGUCCGACUCGUCCGACGCGCUGGGCGCGCCGCCGCCGCCGCCGCUGCCUCCCGCGGCCGCCUCCCUGCCCACCAUCUCCUUGGCUCGCUUCGAAGACAUGAAAGUGUCGGACCUGCGCGCGGAGUGCAAGAGGCGCAACCUUCGCGUGUCCGGGCCCAAACCGCAGUUGAUCGACCGCUUGCGUCCUUAUCUCUUAGAGAUGCAGGAGGAGGCACCUAGGUCGCCCGUGUCCGUCGCUUCGCCGGAAUCGAAGGCUGAAUCGGAACCCUCCGAGGACAUAGUGCAGUCGCAACGCCGACUUAUAGAGGAGCUCGAGCGCCAACUCGAAGAGUCUAGGCAGCAACUCGAGGCGGUUAGACGAGAGGCUACCGGCGCGGCCGCUAGUGAUCAGAGACGAAGGCUUAUUCAGGCUCACUUGUGCGUCACACAGCUACGAGCAAAACUCGAUGCAUUACAACAGCAUCCUGCACCUCCACCGCCUCCGCCCCGUUACGUUAUUGCGGCUUCCGAUGCCGCACCCGAACGGUUUCUUCGUCUUUUUACAGUCACUCCGCCGACCGCUACGGGUGAGGUCAGCGCUGAUGUUACCUCGUCCAAGUCGGGAAAUUCGGCGUAUAUUUUGAAUGGUGUAAAAGUUGUGCCGAUAGCUAUCCUUCCUACGACACACUACGAGCCCGAACAUACCAUUCCCGUUCCACCUCCGCCGCCGCCGCCACCACCACCGUUGCCGCCGAUAUCGCAUGCUGUGGUCGCCACUUCUAUACACGAUAGCGCCGAAGACAGUCAGAUAAUGGAUGACGUCCUUGAAAUACUUGUAGAAAAUGGAGAACUUCCGCCCUCGGCAGUCGGAGAUGUAACUCCGAACCAUUCACUUGAUGCUGGUUACCUCACUGGUUCUAGUGAGUUCACACCGACCGAUGUACUUAGUGAUGAAAUACUUGGAGAUUCUCACGUUCGCGAUUCACUCGCAGCCGACGAGUUACAGAGAGAACUUAAUGACAUCGAGAACGAAAUUAUGAAUCACGCGGAUUUAAAUUCGGUUAACAGUCGAUUGGAUGUCGAUCAUACAGUUACCGAUAUUGAUUCGGAUUUAAAUGUCGAUUUAUUAGCAAAUAGCGAAUUUAAUGCUAAUUUCUGCAAUUCGGAUUCGACGUCUGACAACCAUGACGACUUCUUCGGUAGAUUGCUAGCCGGUGAUACUCACGCCGCCAUGGACAUCGACGACGACGUACCCGAAAGAAUGAGCAUGACCCCGCUCACAAACGGAGACAUUUUAGAUCAUACACGAACUGGCUUCGAAGACAUGAACGAUUUAUCGUUACCAUCAUUACAAAACGAGGACACGCGUCACCAUUCCUUCGACGAGCGUUCUUGCGAGUUCGAUUUUAAAGAUUUCGAUCUAAGUUCAAAUAUGAACGUCGACAGCGACGCCUACGACUACAUGAACCACGAGCUGAUUCCGAACCUGUUCAGACGGGGCCACAUGCCGCAGUGCGACCCGGUGCUGGGCGGCGUGCCGGCGCGCCCGGCGCCGCGGCCCGCGCUCAAGCACUAUUCGUGGGACAAGAUCGAGUUUGACGCCACCUGACCCGUGCUCGCCUGUCUAUCGCAUUGAAGUGACGCUCUCUAACGAUACAUACACUAUGAUCUCUCGAUACAGCAUAUUGAUGUAAGGCACACUCGUCUACGUGUUUUUUUCAAGUUUUCGUGCUCCCGAUGUCGCCAAUGAACUCUCGGCGUUUAGUAUUUAGUUUAAAAAAGUAGAAUUAUUGAAAAGCUACUGGGUAGCGAUUAAUUUAAAAAACGCUAGUCUCGUGCAGUGACACGUUCUUCCAGGAUGGUGACUUAGUAAGGACUAGACAUAAACUUAGGCUUAUUUCAGAAACACAUAGUGUUCGCAGUGAUGAGAGGAUUGGACGUUAUAAUAUUUGGUACUUAAUAUACGAUUGUUUGUAUUGCUAGUGGUUAAAUUAGUUAAGUGAUUUGUGUUUUAUUUAUUAGUGAGUGUUAAGCGUCAGUCACCAACACGUGUGUAGUGACAUUCUUGGCUCACAUAUUUAUGAUAAAUCCAUUUAUUUACUGAGGCAUAUCUACUUAUGUAUAUAAUGAAAGUUUAAUAAUAAUACUCAACAUAGUUGUGGAUAACUGCAUUCCGCCCGAUGACUAAAACUUAGGGGAAAAAAUUAUCAUAAGGGAUACUCUGUGUGCUUAUGAGAUGGUUUCAUCAUCAAAGCUGUUUGACUUUUAAUAUGAAACACAAUAUAAUGUUAUGUUUUUGAACUAUCUCAUCUGCAUGCGUUACUAAUUUCCCAAAUCAGUAAGUGACAUUCCAGUCUUGUUGAAUUGCAAAUUGUCUUACACAGAAGGGAAUCCAGAAUUUAAAAGUCAUUUCAUAAUAACUGAUAAAUGAGAGAGCAAAAUGCAUAUUCACAAGUCAUCGUCAUGGGUGGGACCAGCUCGGGAACAAUAUUAGAUAUGAAUCAUUUAGUUAAAGUAGGGAGCCGUCUCCACACAUAUAAAUCAUAUGCAAGCAUUCCUAAUUCAUUGCUUAUAAAUUGUACCUACAACUUCCACUUAUUGUUUAAGUUUAUAGACCCUUCAUAAGUUAGUGUGGUGUAAAUGAUUCAAUAAAAUGUUCUUUUACUAAUUUGUUUAAUAUUUAUUUUAAUCUAAAAAAGUUAUUAUAAAUAUUGUAUGAACGUAACAUUCUUAAAAAAGUAUCAUUCCAGUGUAUUGUCUAAAGCUUAGGAUAGGUGCACCUUUAUCUAUAAUAAUUAUUAUUCUUAGACAAUGUAAGGAAUGUUUGCAUAGGAUUUUGUUAUUUUAUUUAUUUAUAGACCCUCAUUAGAGUACCUUCGUAUUUUAUUUCGAUUUUGUUCAGAUGUAUCAAUUAGUUUUGCGUGUACUUGCAUUCAUUUAGUUUUUUCCGAACCGAAAUGAAAAUAUUAUAUUAUUAUUCGUGAAUCGGAAUUGAAUAUGCCAUUAUUUGCAUUUAUAUUUUUAAUAAUAAAAACCGAUACCAACAACGAAUAUGGCUUCGCUGCCUCAAUGUGCCAAUGUUAAUACUUUCAAAUUAAAAAAAAAUAUUUUCCAUGUAAGUAGUUUAUUUUUUAUAAUGAUAGUUUUCUUUCUUUCGCCAGUGGUGUGAAUGUAUGUUGGUGGGUAAUAUGUGAUAGUACUUUAAGAAAUAAUAUAAUUUUAAAGUACAUUCACAUAUGGUAUGGUGCUAUAUUUGUAAGUUAUUGUAUUUAAAUCUUAUAUGAGAUGAUUUUAAGCGAAUAUUAAUUUGAGUCAUUAAAAGCUAACAGAACAAAAAAAAAAUUACGAAAACUUUCAACUUAAACAUUGUAACGAAAAUAAAACUUUGGAAAUAACAACUAAAGUCAUUCAAAUGUUUUUAUUGCUUUACUAAAAUUAAGUAAUAUUCCAUAAUCUAAGUGAAUUAAAACUAAUUUUAAUAUAAAUAUUUGUUAAAUUUAAUUGCUCAUCAAAAUUGUACCUAUCCAUGUAACAAAAUAUUAUUCUUGUAAGGAAAAUGUUUCAUACACGACCUAACGUAAACUUCCGUUAAUUAAGUGUGUUUGUUUUAUAAAUUUUGGAGGUUCGUUUAAAUUUGUAUUUAACAAGAAGAUAUUAAGUGAGAUUAAAGUUUUGAUAUAUAUGUAUGUAAUCUAUCUGCAUAUUUGUUAUUGUUGUAAUUAUUGUAGGAGAGUUUUAACAUUUGUUUUCUAAUAGUUUUUAUUCCGAAGUGAUAUACAGUGCUAAAUUUGAAUAAUUUUAGCGGUUUACAUUAAAAUAGUUAUGGAUAGUAUAACUGGCUUCGUUAUAUUGCUUGUAUUAACCGUACAUAUUGCGUAUUCUCGUGUAAUCUUCAUAAUUAUAUUUUAUAUCAAUUACUCUAUCAUGUUAAGACAUCUGACGAUGUUGGCAGAGACAGACCCAAUAUUAUAGUCAUGUGAUAAGAUUGUAUUGAUUGUAGUGAUUCUGUACAUUUUAAUAAUUUUUUACCUUGCCGUAUAAUGAAGCCUUGUAAAUAAUUACCAAGCCUUUACUAGAAAUAAGGAAUUGUUGAAAAAAAGUUUUGACAUAAA